AUGAAUAAUGAUGUUUUCGGUGAUCUCAUUGCAGAAGCAGCACUAUGUGCUUUUAGCAAGCUAACAUGCAAGUCAGGUAAACCUUCAAUACGAUCCAAUGGAGUCCAAGAAUGGACGGUUAUGGCCAGUGUUGUGGCCAUCAUGGAUAAUGAAACUAUCGAGCCAUUGACAAUAGCCACGGGUGUCAAAGUCAUGCCUAAUCGUGUUAGAGCAUUUUCACAAGGCUUUAUUGUUCACGACAUGCAUGCUGAGAUACUUGCAUUGAGACUUUUCAAUUUUUUUCUUCUCCACGAAUGUGCAAAGGAGUCUUCAAUAUGGGUAGAGCAAGGUGGUAGUAAUGCAAAGUAUCGACUAAAACCAAGUGUAAAAUUGGCAUUGUUUGUUACUGAACCGCCGUGCGGUGAUUGUUCGAUGGAGUACCUUGCAUCAUCACUCGAUUCAAAUGAGCCAUGGACAGAGGAAGCUGAGCUCAACGAUCAGUUUCAUAGGGGACGCAACAAUUUUGACCGUGUUGGUGUUGUUAGGACAAAACCCGGGAGGCCGGAUAGUUUAAUCAGUUAUUCCAAAUCAUGCUCUGAUAAGCUUUGUCUUAAGCAAUUGACAGGGAUAUGCAAUACUACAACAGCACUAAUUUUUGACCCUAUAUACUUGGAUUAUUUAGUUGUCAAUGGCGUAAAGACAAAAAAUUUCGAGCGGUGCUUCAUUAAUCGUUUGAGUGGUAUUGAACCCAUAGUGCACCAUCUUAAAUUACUACAUUAUACAAACGAUGGCUACGAAUACCACAAGGCACAAGACAAGGAACCAUCACCCGUAUCUUUGCUUUAUAUAGUACCUAGCCAAUUUGUGCAAGUGUUAAACAACGGAAUCAAGAAUGGUGCCGCGGCAGCAAAAAACAAGACUCCUAAAGCUGGUACAGAAAGUAUUAUUUGUAAUCAGUCAUUCAUUACUGCCUUUAAUAAAUUGCCUUCCACCUCAAGCACCAUUGCAAGUCCCACAUACCUUCAAUUGAAAAGAUCGCAGGUGAAUAGAGAGAGGCUCAAAAAUAUUGGCAAAACCACUCUACAAAAUUGGAAACCUACUGAUGAUGACGAGUUCUCUAUAAUCUAG